UGCAAGAAAGGGACUAAGUGAUACAGACUAUGUCUCUUUCGUGAGCUACCGAGAGCGCUCCUGAACUGGAAGCAACUGCUUCAGGGGAAGAAGAAAAAAAAAUUUUUUUUUUUUUUUUUAAAGAGACUUGCCUGGGAGGCGACGAGAAACUUGGAAGCCUCAGCAAUCAGCAUUCGCGAAACUCCGUCUCCACUUUUAGCACGGUCUCCAGACUCUGAGCCGACAGACAGCAAACUGCGGCGCGGUCGGUGAGAGAGACUCAGAGAGGGGAGAGAGAGAGAGAGAGGGAGGAGAGAGCGAGCGAGCGAGCCUCUCCAGCCUGGAAGCUACAACUCCUGCGCGACAGGCGGAGUUCUCCGUCCCCGCAUCUUUUUGCGGACUUUUCUCUCCUCGCCCACCUCCGCCCCGGCGCGGAGUGGAGGGGCCCGCUCGGCCGCGGCGCGCGACCCUCGGCUCGGCGUGUGCUCGGCCCCGGGCAGCCGGCAGCGCCCGGCGAUCGCGCCCCGGGCCGCCGCGAGGGUGUGAGCGCGCGUGGGCGCCCGCGGAGCCGGGGCCAUGGUGCAGCAAACCAACAACGCCGAGAACACGGAAGCGCUGCUGGCCGGCGAGAGCUCGGACUCGGGCGCCGGCCUCGAGCUGGCCAUCGCCUCGUCGCCCACGCCCGGCUCCACCGCCUCCACGGGCGGCAAGGCCGACGACCCGAGUUGGUGCAAGACGCCGAGCGGGCACAUCAAGCGGCCCAUGAACGCCUUCAUGGUGUGGUCGCAGAUCGAGCGGCGCAAGAUCAUGGAGCAGUCGCCCGACAUGCACAACGCCGAGAUCUCCAAGCGGCUGGGCAAACGCUGGAAGCUGCUCAAAGACAGCGACAAGAUCCCUUUCAUUCGGGAGGCGGAGCGGCUGCGCCUCAAGCACAUGGCUGACUACCCCGACUACAAGUACCGGCCCAGGAAGAAGGUGAAGUCCGGCAACGCCAACGCCAGCUCCUCGGCCGCCGCCGCCGCCGCCGCCUCCAAGCCCGGGGAGAAGGGAGACAAGGUCGGUGGCAGCGGCGGGGGCGGCGGCGGCAGCGGCGGCGGCGGCGGCGGCAGCGGCAACGCGGGGGGAGGAGGCGGCGGCGCGAGCGGCGGCGGCGGCGCCAACUCCAAACCGGCGCAGAAGAAGAGCUGCGGCUCCAAAGUGGCCGGCGGCACGGGCGGCGGGGCCAGCAAGCCGCACGCCAAGCUCGUCCUGGCGGGCGGCGGCGGCGGCAGCGGCGGUGGCGGGAAAGCUGCGGCCGCCGCCGCCGCCGCCGCCUCCUUCGCGGCCGAGCAGGCGGGGGCCGCUGCCCUGCUGCCCCUGGGCGCCGCCGCCGCCGCUGACCACCACCAUCACCACGCGCUGUACAAGGCGCGGACUCCCGGCGCCUCGGCCUCGGCCUCCGCGGCGGCCGCGGCCUCGGCCACCCUGGCGGCGCCCGCCAAGCCCCUGGCUGAGAAGAAGGUGAAGCGCGUCUACCUGUUCGGCGGCCUGGGCGCCACGGCGUCCCCCGUGGGCGGCGUGGGCGCGGGCGCAGACCCCAGCGACCCGCUGGGCCUGUACGAGGAGGGCGGCCCGGGCUGCUCGCCCGACGCGCCGAGCCUGAGCGGCCGCAGCAGCGCCGCGUCGUCGCCGGCCGCCGGCCGCUCGCCCGCUGACCACCGCGGCUACGCCAGCCUGCGCGCCGCCUCGCCCGCCCCGUCCAGCGCGCCCUCGCACGCGUCGUCGUCGUCGUCGUCGUCCGCCUCCUCCUCCUCGGGCUCCUCGUCUUCCGACGACGAGUUCGAGGACGACCUGCUCGACCUGCACCCCAGCUCAAACUUUGAGAGCAUGUCCCUGGGCAGCUUCAGCUCGUCGUCGGCGCUCGACCGGGACCUGGAUUUUAACUUCGAGCCGGGCUCCGGCUCGCACUUCGAGUUCCCGGACUACUGCACGCCCGAGGUGAGCGAGAUGAUCUCGGGAGACUGGCUCGAGUCCAGCAUCUCCAACCUGGUCUUCACCUACUGAGAGGGGCGCGCGGGCCGGGGAGAGGAGGGGGCCCGGGGAGAAGCGAGAGAGGAGAAAGGAGAGAAAGAGAGAGAGAGAGAGAAAAAAAAAAAGGAGAAACGGAACGGAUGAAGAGCCGAAACAGAAAAGGGAAACAGAGAAAACGAAAACAAAAAAAUGUUUGAAGAAAAAAAAAAAGGAAAAAGGAGCAAAACAGUGCGCAGGGCCGGCAUCGGCGCGCCCCCGCCGCUGGAGCGGAGCGCGGGGGCGCUUGGACGCGCGCUCCCAUCCCCCACCCUGCGCCCGGCGCGGCCCGAGGGUGGACGGGGCGACCUUUUGGUGUUGUUAUUGAUGUUGUUGGUGAUGAUGGCAAAACAAGCUACUUCGAGUUUCCUCCCCUUUGCUUGAAGAGACCCCCCCCCCGCACCUCCUCCCCUUCCAAAAGAGAGAGAGCUUCCGGACUUGUCCGCGCCCCCAGCGAGCCGCCCGGCUAGGUUUUUGUUGUUGUUUUGUUUUUUGUUUUUGUUUUUGUUUUCUCUGAGAGACUGAAGGAAUCUUAGCCCUCUCGCUUCGCCACCUGCCUGGUUUUGUUUGAUUUUUGUGGUGUUUUUCUUGGUCCGGUGCGGAGGGGAGAGUGGGGGGAGUCCAGCGCGCCCCCUUCUUCCCUCCCUCCGUUCUCUCGCUCGCUCGCGCGCUCUCUCUCCUUCUCUUUAUUUUAUUGCCUCCUGAAGACAAGGCUGCGGGGAGGGGGUGAUGGCGUCUGGCCGAGGGCAGAGGUUUUUAGGGGAGCGUUGGGACUGAAAGACUCCACGCUGGCCAGUUCCCGCCCGGACCCCACCCCCACCCGCCACCCUGCUCCCCUUCCUUCCUUUCUUUGCCUUUUUUUUUUUUUUUCCUGUUUCUUUCUUUCUUUCUUUUUCUUUUUUUAAAUUCCCUCGCCCCUGCAGCCGGAGGAGGCGGUGAGGAGGGGUGGAGGCCAGCCGGGGGGCCGGCGCUGGGCAGUGGCCCGAGGACCGCGGCGGGGACGAGGGCGAAGGCGAUGGACGCGCGGGCUGGCGGGGCACCUGCCGGACUGGAGGGGUGUGCGGGUGUGCGCGGGGCCCUGCGGGGCUGCGGUGGGACUGCUGGAUGCGGGGCAGGGCGAAAGGUUUCGGGGGGAAAAAGAAGGUUUUUUUUCUUCUCUUAAUCGGAAUCGUGAUGGUGUUGGAUUAUUUCACUGGUGGGGUUAAUAUAGCAUGUUAUCCUGUCAAUCUUUUAAAGAUUUCUGUAUAAGACUGUUGAGCAGUUUUUAAAAUAGUGUAGGGUAAUAUAAGAAGCAGAUAGAUGGCGCUAUGUUUGAUUCCUACAACGAAAUUAUCACCAGCUUUUUUUCAUUCUUAACUCUUUAAAGGAUUCAAACGCAACUCAAAUCUGUGCUGGACUUUAAGGAAAAAAAAACAAUUCAGGACCAAAUUUUUUCUCAGUGUGUAUGUGUUUAUUCCUUCUAGGUGUAAAUGAGAAGACGUGUUUUUUCCCUCACCGAUACUCCAUCCUCGUCUUUUCUUUUUCCUUGUAAAUGUAAUCAGAUGCCAUUUUAUAUGUGGACGUAUUUAUACUGGCCAAACGUAUUUUUUUUUUCUUAUUUUAAUCCCUUUUUUCUUUCCCUUCUUGGGCUUUCGUUACUUUCUUUUCUUUUUUUAUUUUUUUUGUUAAACUUUAUUUUUUCCUUUCUUUUUCUUUCUGCCUUUUUUUUUUUUUUUGGUAGUUGUUGUUACCCACGCCAUUUUACGUCUCCUUCACUGAAGGGCUAGAGUUUUAACUUUUAAUUUUUUAUAUUUAAAUGUAGACUUUUGACACUUUUAAAAAACAAAAAAAGACAAGAGAGAUGAAAACGUUUGAUUAUUUUCUCAGUGUAUUUUUGUAAAAAAUAUAUAAAGGGGGUGUUAAUCGGUGUAAAUCGCUGUUUGGAUUUCCUGAUUUUAUAAUAGGGAGGCUGGUUAAUAUCUCACACAGUUUAAAAAUCAGCCCCUAAUUUCUCCAUGUUUACACUUCAAUCUGCAGGCUUCUUAAAGUGACAGUAUCCCUUAACCUGCCACCAGUAUCCACCCUUCAACCCCAGUCUCAUAAAGAAUAAGAGGGGUGGGGAGGGAGAAUUGGCUGAACACUGUAUGCUUUUCAGAAAAAAACAGUUGUCUAGAAGAAAUACUGUUCUGUCCAGAGGCUUUAAAACUGGUGCAUUUACAGCAAAAAGGGAUCCUGUAGCUUUAAUUUGUAAACCACAUCUUUUUUGCACUUUUUUUAUAAGCAAAAACGUGCCGUUUAAACCACUGGAUCUAUCUAAAUGCCGAUUUGAGUUCGCGACACUAUGUACUGCGUUUUUCAUUCUUGUAUUUGACUAUUUAAUCCUUUCUACUUGUCGCUAAAUAUAAUUGUUUUAGUCUUAUGGCAUGAUGAUAGCAUAUGUGUUCAGGUUUAUAGCUGUUGUGUUUAAAGAUUGAAAAAAAGUGGAAAACAUCUUUGUACAUUUAAGUCUGUAUUAUAAUAAGCAAAAAGAUUGUGUGUAUGUAUGUUUAAUAUAACAUGACAGGCACUAGGACGUCUGCUUUUCUAAGGCAGUUCCGUUAAGGGUUUUUUGUUUUUAAACUUUUUUUUUUUUUUUGCCAUCCAUCCUGUGCAAUAUGCCGUGUAGAAUAUUUGUCUUAAAAUUCAAGGCCACACAAAACAAUGUUUGGGGGAAAAAGAAAAAGAAAAAAAAUCAUGCCAGCUAAUCAUGUCAAGUUCACUGCCUGUCAGAUUGUUGAUAUAUACCUUCUGUAAAUAACUUUUUUUGAGAAGGAAAUAAAAUCAGCUGGAACUGAACCCUAAA